UUAGGUACGUGUUGAGCGAUGCACCGGUGUUCGAAUCCCGCAGGCGGGUACCAAUUUUUCUAAUGAAAUACGUACUCAAUAAAUGUUUACGAUUGACUUCCACGGUGAAGGAAUAACAUCGUGUAAUAAAAAUCAAACCCGCAAAAUUAUAAUUUGCGUAAUUACUGGUGGUAGGACCUCUUGAGUCCGCGCGGGUAGGUACCACCGCGCCGCCUAUUUCUGCCGUGAAGCAGUAAUGCGUUUCGGUCUGAAGGGUAGGGCAGCCGUUGUAACUAUACUGAGAUCUUAGAACUUAUAUCUCUAGGUGGGUGACGCAUUUAUGUUGUAGAUGUCUAUGGGCUCCAGUAACCACUUAACACCAGGUAGGCUGUGAGCUCGUUCGCACAUCUAAGCAAUAAAAAAAAAAUCGAGACAAUUUUCACUAUAUUAUAAUUUUCACUUACACUAUAUAUUUGCACGGCAUUUCGUAAAAAAUAUAUUAAGCUUAACUGACAAGAUUCAUGGUUAGUAGUCUAAAUGAAUUAAAUGAAUUAAUCUCAAUGAAUUAAAAAUUGAGUUUGUAUAACAUGUAGGUAUUUCCUUACAGUUUGCGAUAUAAAUGCAAAAAUGGAAAAACUUAAGCCCACGCCUUUAAGCAAAGCGAUAAGAACAUUUUUGCAGACGACAACCCUACACGGCUUCAAAUACUUAGGUUCGAAGUUUUAUAUUGAUCGGAUUGGAUGGUUUCUGUGUUGCUGUGCAAGCGCCUCUUGUGCCGGACUCCUGUGCACGGUUUUGUGGGCUCGGUUUCUAGAAGUUCCCGCUCUGUUGGCGCUUUACGAUUUGAAAUUGGAAAUGUCAGAGCAUCAGUUACCCGUUGUAGCUGUAUGUCCUACUGUCGAGAGCAUUGCUGAAGCAUUCAUUGAUAAAUUGUCACAUGAUAAGAAUCUAAACAAACGGCUACCUCUAACUUUAGCCCACGUUCUCAAAGGUAAACCAGCAGCCGACGACCAAAUACAGAUACUUGACCACUUGCUGACUGUGAACAAUGUCACCUUACUAGACAUCAUGAGGGCGCACAUGCCCCCGUGCCACGCGGUCAUCAAGAAGUGUCGCUGGCAGAAUAUCUAUAAGUCGUGCGAUAUCCUGUUUGACAUCGAAGUUACACCUUGGGGUCUGUGCUGCGUUUUGAGACCUAAUAAAAAACUGGCAAAUCAAGGCACGAGUCUACAAUUAAGAAAUGGAUUCCAAAGUACACUAAGGUUGGACUUGGCCGUGCAAUGUUUUAAUGACACCAACCUUUAUAAUUUUGAGUUCUUUACAAAAUACGACGGGGAAGAGUGGAUUGAACCAAUGCAAUUAGCUCCCGGAAACACUUAUAUGGCCCAGUUGAGAUACACGUCCAUCCCGGAGAGUACUGACACCGAGAGACUGAUUGAAGAAUCAUGUGUCUCCCGAAAAGGAUACUCAAGAAGUGAUUGUUUAAAGCGCUGCUCCGAGAAGAUAUGCGGUUGCGUUGACCCGCUGAGAGGAAACCGGCAACUGGCUGACGGGGACUUACUGCCGUGCUCUCUCACGGAACUCAAAUGUUUGAGGUCCUAUGGAGUUAAGGGUCACGAAACGUGCAACUGUGCUCCCAGCUGUAAGAAAGUCACCGCGUACACAACGCUAGAGUCGUCUCCUUUGAACUUCAACAGCUACGUCAUUGAUCCUAUUUACAGUGGACUAAACGCAACGUCGUCCGUAGUGAUGCACGUGCGCGUCAACAUCAAUUUGUCUCGUAUAUUCACUUUGAACCCAACAGAAACUUGGUUUACCUUGCUAUCGUCACUCGGAGGAGUCUUCAAUAUGUUCUUAGGAGUCGGAUUAUUUAGUGCACUGGAAUUACUAUACUUGUUCUUCAUCAAGCUGCCGAACGCAAUGAGAAGAUCAUCAGAAUUUCAUUAUGGAAAUUAAAAUGUAACUAACA